AUGGAAGAUCCCAAAAACCGGCACUUGAAUGGUCAGGAAAAUUCUGUACAUAAGAACCUAAAUGGUGGGCGGUUUUCGUCCCAGAUUCCGACUGCUAUGGGCGGUAGAAGACGUAACAGCACAGAAUCAGCCAUCGGUGGGGCAGGGCUUACCGAUAUGAUACACAGAAGCAUGGCCCGAGGCAAACCUGAGUUAAACCGAAGAGCACACACAGAGACGCGUAAAAGUCUUUUGAGUGAGAGGAAAAGCCUACGAACGUCGCAGAGAACAUUACUUUUGGGUUCACAGAACCAAACUGGUAACGCUGUGGGUUCAGGUACGCCUACAAGCGGAACGAACAAUCGGGAUCCACGACCGCUUCGAGACAAAACGUUCCAGUUGGCGUUACAACAAGAGAUUUACGAUUAUUUGAGCUAUUGCAAAUUCGACAUUGAGACCAAUCACGCGAUAUCGCUGAAAUCCUUGCGGCAACCGACCCAGAAAGAUUUCAUUAUUAUGUUCAAAUGGCUAUAUCUGCGAAUGGAUCCCGGAUUUAGGUUUACCAAAUCGAUCGAGAAUGAAGUGUACACAAUUUUAAGACUCGUGCAAUAUCCAUACCUAGAGACGAUCAACAAGUCCCAAAUUUCUGCUGUUGGCGGAACAAGCUGGCCCAAAUUUCUAGGGAUGUUGCAUUGGCUCGUUGUAACCAAUAAACGACUCGAUUCUUGUCUUCAAAAGCUAGACUUAUCCAUAACCAGUCAAAACACCCAGGAACUGACAGUCCUGAAACAACCAAUGACAACCCUCGAUGAUCAGGAUGAUAAGCUUGAGAAAUAUGAACUAAUGGUUGAACGGCUCUUUAUUGACUAUAUUCUUCAAUCCUACAAAAGCUUCCUGCGCUUGGAAGACGAUUUCGGGCCCUACAUGCAAGAGUUAGAAGCAGGCUUCACUAAAUUCUCACACAUUAUCCGAACCGAUAUGAGUCAUAUCGAAGCCACGAACAAAGAGUUGUCACUGCGAUAUCAGAAGUUAAUGGAAAAGGGACACGACCUUAAAAUAGCCAGAGACAAAUCUGAUGCUUUGAAAAGCGAUCUCACUAAGUUCCAAAACUAUAUUAAUGCCAUGCAACAUAAAAGCUCCGAAUGGCCAAGGAAGCUAGAGAAGAUGAAAGCAGAGAAGCAGAAGAAAGAAAUAUCUAUAAAAGAAACCGAGGUUGAAAUAGGACGACUUCGGUCUGCAUUGAAAGAAAUGCAUGUGAGCGUCUCUGAGAUUGAUCAUAAAAACCAAGAAAGAGAUCAAAUCACAAAGGACCUCGACGAAGUGUCCUCAAAGCUUGAUCAGACUGUAAGUGCUCUCAAAAGCAGCCGCGUGGAAACGGAAUCGGCUUACAAAGCGCUUCUUAGCACUCUUGAGCAGUAUAAUGGAGCUGUUGACAGCCUCUGCACGGCGAGAAAUAAGUUCAAUCAUAUGCUAGACGGUAGCAAAUUUGAGCUCUCCAUCCCAGAAGAUUUGAUGCGGGAGGAGAAAAUCGGCUCCGAUCCAGAUGAUCUGCUUUCACCAGAACGAAAUGUAAGUUCGAUAAAAUCUCUUCUUUUGACAGUUAACACAGAAAUUCAAGAGCGUAUUCAUAAAGUCCAACGGGAGAUUAUAAGCCAAGAAUCCGAGUUGGAAAACAUUAAAGAGGAGAUUAGUGGGAAAAAUCAUGCUUUGGAGCUGCUUGAAAACGAGCUUUCUAUUGUCAGGACAGAAUUGGAGGAGUAUAACCAAGAGAGUCAAAGUCUGCUACUUUCUCAGAAAAUCGAGAUGGAGAAACUUGAAAGAAGAAACCAAAAUGGGCGUUUAACAUCUCAACGGAAAUUAUCGCUGGCCGAUGAAAAAGUACAGGAAACUCAAUUACGUUAUGAGGAGUUGAAAAUGAAUAUUAAUAGGGAAAAGGGGAUAUUAUGCUCCAAAAUCAUCCAUCUCAUAGAGUUUGUGAGUAACUUUAAAAUAAGCGCUCAAGGUGCUAUUGAGCGGGUAGAAAGCUUGGCGUUGCAGGAAUUAAAACAACUACAAAGCUCUCAGGCAAACAAGGAGGCCUAA